AGGAUGGAUCAGAGGUGAGGAAAUGACACACCUGUACACACCGAGCAUCAGCGUGUGGAAUUUAAUGGAGUCUGCAAGAAGCUGCAGUUUUUAAUAAAAGGAUUAUUUCUGGAUUUAACCAUAACACACACAUUUCUCAGAUCUGAAGAGAUGCAGAAACCGGAGCAGAGCACCACUAAUUCACAAAACAACCUGGUGAUGGAAACCAAAGCGACGGUUCUGCAAAAGAAUGUGGGUCUAAUCAGUGGGAUCUGCCUGAUCGUGGGAACGAUGAUCGGCUCGGGGAUCUUCAUCUCUCCCAAGGCCGUGCUGGAGGGAACCGGAACAGUGGGAACGUGUCUGUCGGUGUGGGCAGCAUGUGGUGUUCUGGCUACUUUGGGGGCUCUUUGCUAUGCAGAACUUGGCACCAUGAUAACAAAGUCGGGUGGGGAGUACCCAUACUUGAUGGAGAGUUUCGGACCCAUUCCCGCUUACCUUUACUCCUGGACAACCAUCUUAAUCCUGAAGCCUUCAUCGUUGGCCAUAAUGUCUCUCAGCUGUGGAGAAUAUGCCGCUACUUCUUUUUACCCAGGAUGCACCCCACCUGUAAUCGUCAUCAAAUCCCUGGCUGCUGCUUCCAUCUUGUUGCUUACAGUUAUGAACUGUUUAAGUGUAAAGUUGUCGAGCUACGUGCAGAAUUUCUUCACUGCAGCCAAACUCCUCAUCAUUCUUAUCAUCGUGGUUUCAGGCAUCGUUAUGCUGGCCAAAGGUAACACACAGAAUCUACAAAAUGCAUUCGAAGGAGGAGAAACAUCAUUCGGGGCGAUCGGACUGGCUUUUUACAACGGCCUGUGGGCGUAUGAUGGAUGGAAUCAGCUGAACUUCAUUACAGAAGAGCUGAAAGACCCAUACAGAAAUCUUCCACUGGCCAUCAUUAUCGGGAUUCCAUUAGUGUCAGUCUGCUACGUGUUGGUGAAUAUUGCGUACUUCAGUGUCAUGACGCCUACAGAAGUACUCCAGUCUUCUGCUGUUGCUGUGACCUUUGGGGACAGAGUGCUGUACCCAAUGUCGUGGGUGGUGCCGUUGUUUGUAGUCUUCUCCACUUUCGGAGCUGCUAAUGGAAGCUGCUUUACGGCUGGAAGGCUGACUUAUGUGGCUGGACGUGAGGGACACAUGGUGAAGAUUCUUUCCUUUAUCAGUCUGAAAUAUUAUACCCCUGCACCAGCACUCAUCUUUAAUGCACUUCUGGGUGUCUGCUAUGUCUUUCCAGCAGACAUCAACUCUCUCAUUAACUACUUCAGCUUUGCUCAGUGGGCUUUCUACGGCCUCACAGUGCUCGCUCUCAUCGUCAUGCGCUUCACCAAAAAACAGCUCCACAGACCCGUGAAGAUCCCUUUAAUAAUCCCUGCUGUGGUGCUGGUUGUUUCCUGUUACCUGGUUCUGGCUCCGAUCAUUGAAAAACCCGAGAUGGAGUACCUGUACUGCACAGUGUUCAUCGUCGGAGGACUGAUUAUUUACUUUCCCUUUGUUUACUACAAGUUCAGCUGGAUUCACAAGAUCAUGACUCCCCUCACCAUGCAUCUUCAGCUCCUGAUGGAAGUCGUACCACCGGAGAAGACAGACUGAAGAAUAUCAUCAGUCAUAAUAAAUGGACCAGACACAAUCAUUCAUCAUCAGAUCAGUUACUGUAUUGUUGAAGUGAACCACUGGAUCAUUUUCCUUCUUCCACUCGUGGACUGUAUUCAUCAAUUAUUUAAAUGUUAAAUUAGGUUAAAACUGAACUAGAAAUAUUCCACCGGAUUUAAGAAAAACUGACUUUCAUCAUUCUCUUAUAGGCAUUUAGUGAUGAUGCCCAUAGAAAAAGCCAGAACAUUCCACACAACUCUAUAAAAGUCCACAAAACGUGUUACAAAAUACAAAAAUUUUAAAACUUUCCAAAACUAAAAUUUUUAUGUAAAUCUGUAGACAAACAGGACAAAUGUAUUUUUCCCCAAAUAACGAGAUUUCAAUGACUGAAAAAUAAUUAUUUUCACUUCAUAAACAUGGUUGAUUGAUUAAAUAAUUUAACAUCUACAACCAUAAACUGUUGUAAAGCUAUAAAAAUGUUUUGUUUUGGGUUUUUAAAAAAAAAAAUAAAUAAAAUAAACAUUAGCAAUGUCAUAAUAUAUAUGUGUGGCAACAGAUAAAAA